AUGGAAGAUUCUACAAGAUGUGCUCCACAUAGGGAUGGAGAAAUUUCACAAGAAAGGAUGAAAUGCUUUCGAAGGUUAUUUCCUAAUGAUGAUGAGUAUGGCAGAGUCCUUGAUGAGUAUGCGAUGUUUUCAAUGAAGAGUGGUCCUUUUGAAGAUUUAACAAGCAUUUCAAAGAUGGCUACUAUGGAACCCAAGAAUUGGUGGGUUAACUUUGGUGCUCAAACUCCUUUUCUCCAGACUUUGGCUUUUAGAUUACUUGGACAACCUAGUUCUUCUUCUUGUGCUGAGCGUAAUUGGAGUACUUAUGCAUUUAUCCACUCGCUUAAAAGGAACAAGCUGACUACAAGUCGUGCUCAAGACUUGGUUUACAUCCACAAUAAUCUCCGACUUUUGUCAAGGACUCCGAAAGAUGAUGUAAAGAUGUGGGAUGUGGGCGGAGAUGCUUUUGAUUCAAUGGAAGACGUCGGGUUUUUGGAGUUUGCAGAUCUCUCACUAGAUGAACCCGAUUUUGAAAAUGAAUUAAUUAUUGAUUAUUAG